AUGGUGGUGAGCAACCGUAUACAGCCACAGAGAAGCGACAUAAUCCACGCCGUAGUGACGUGGAAAGAGCAGCGUGACAUCACCAUGGCUCGCCGUUCGCAGUGCUCCGAUGCCGGAGACAACCCGCUGGACCCAAACUACCUCCCGCCUCACUACAGAGAGGACUACCGCUUGGCCAUAGACUCUCUGAUCGAGGAGGACUUGGAUGGAUACUUUAAAUUCCUCCAAGCCGCCGACGUGGUGGACUUCCUCGCCCCUUCGGAGGUCGACUACAUCCAACACUCUAUCCAACUCCCCAAGCAGAGCGCCAACCCAGAGCACAGGUACUUCGACCCGGCUGGGACAGAUGGCUCUUCGGACACGUACUGGCCCAUGCAUUCAGACUUGGACGCGCCUGGACUGGACCUGGGCUGGCCUCAGAUCGGCCCCCAUUUCAUCGGCCCCGCUGAGGUGACCACGUUGGUGAACCCGGCCGCCCCAGACAUGCCCAGUAUAAAGGAGCAGGCGAGGCGGCUCAUCAAGAACGCACAGAUGGUGAUCGCCGUGGUGAUGGACGUGUUCUCAGACGUGGACAUAUUCGCGGACAUCCUGAACGCCGCCACGAGGAACGUGGCGGUUUAUCUGCUGCUGGACGAGGCCAACAUCCAGGACUUUAUCCGCAUGGUCCACAACUGCAGAGUCAACCUGCAGGCCAUUCAGUAUUUGCGUGUGAGGACGGUGACGGGGAUCACGUAUCACUGUCGCACUGGGAAGAGCUUCAAAGGACGAAUGUUGGAUCGUUUCAUUCUCACCGACUGCAGAGCGGUGCUGAGCGGGAACUACAGUUUCAUGUGGUCGUACGAGAAGCUUCACCGCUGCAUGGCUCAUCUCUUUCUGGGACAACUUGUAUCAACGUUUGACGAGGAGUUCCGGAUCCUGUUCGCUCACAUCCAGGAUUACCUGAUGUCGAGCCACCUGGUCGGCCGUUGUUCAGAGGGCAGCCACACCUCCAUCCCGGACAUGAGCCAGAGUAUGGGAGCUAUGGACAUAUAG